AUGAAGGAGAUUCUCGCCCAAUCUGGGCGCAACGUGAAGAACAUUAGCAAUGCAAUCACCAUUUGUGGCUACAAGCUCGAUGGAGCUAGUGAUAGAGUUAUCAAGAUGAAUGCAUUCCUGUGCUUGGCAGAUUGUGGCGCGGGUAUGAUGAUCUCCACUUGUGCUGUUCAGCAGCAGAUCGGCGCGAAGGCUGUGGACCUAAGAGCCACAAGACAUCCACGUGCCCGUUUCCACUGCGCUGGAGCGCAAGGCGCACCGUCUAAGGGCUGCUGCUCUUAA